AUGUCGAGUACAUGCACGUUCUUUUCUGGCAGAGUGGUCCUGGUCAGCGGUGGAGGCGGCGGUAUCGGCAGGUGCGUUAGCCAAGCACUGGCGGGCGAAGGAGCACGGGUCAUGGUUGCCGACAUAAGCCUCGAAGCGGCGCAAGCGACGGUGCAGUGUCUUCCAGGUGACGCUCUGCAUCAAGCAAUCAAAGUCGAUGUUGGCUCAUCAGGAUCCGUGAAGGCUCUGUUUGAGGUCAUCGAAGAGACGUGUCAGCAGCCGGCAACUAUUGUGGUCAAUUGUGCUGCUAUUCCAGCUGUUCUCCGCCCGCUCGUUUCCAUGGACGAAGAACACUUGGACGAUGUGAUGCGCAUCAACUUAAAGGGUACCUUCCUGGUCACUCAAGCCGCCGCUCGUGCCAUGAUUGCGGGGAAAGUCAAUAACUGCGCUAUCGUGAACAUGGCAAGCAUGGUGGCCAAGGAAAUCUGCCCAAAUAUGAGCGUGUAUUCCGCCGCCAAAGCCGGAGUGGUGGCCCUCACCAGAGUGGCCGCUACAGAACUGGCCGUCCACGGCAUUCGGGUGAAUGUCGUCCUGCCGGAAGUGGUGGACACACCGAUGAUUGCCCACGAAUUCACUGCCGAGGAAAUAGCGGGGAUCGUAGCCAAUCAGCCUCUCGGGAGACUCUGUCGUCCGGAGGAAGUGGCUGAGACGGUCAAGUUCCUUUGCGGCCCCGGCAGUUCGUGCACCAGUGGUGUUGCUGUUGACGUCACCUACUGUUUCUACAAAAAUAGUAGGCGCAAAUGA